GCUUUUCAGCUGCUUUUUGCCUUCUCCUCUGCUGGACGACCAUGUGCUACGCCUGCAAGCCGACCUUGCCGCCGCUCAACAUGCCCCAAAUCUCCCCCAGGGCCGCGCCUACCGGGCCCCAAUACUUCACUUUCGAUCCUCUCCCGGAGGACGAGAAGAGCCCUGCCCAUCGGAGCCACACCAAGGCCAGCAAGUCCAAGAGACGUUCGCGGAAAGUCCUCUACCCUCCAGUGGUGAAGCGUUACUAUCCCACUGAGGAGCGCAGCUAUGCUAAGACCCUCCUCUUCAUCCUCCUCGCCGUUGUCUUCUUCCAAAUCUAUAAUGCAGAAGACGACCUCCUCCUUGUUGGAGCCACACUGGAAGACAACACAUCUGGUUGCUCUCUGCAGGUCCCGCCUGUCCCUUUAGAACAGCCCGUAAUCCCAGAGCAACCCAUUGUAUCAACAUCCUCCUUGGAAAUCGCCACGGUGGCCAAUGUUUCUGAGUGGUCCUGGGGAGAGGACAGAUCUUCGGAAUCUGCUCUUGACAUUACCCAUUUUUUGCAGCAGAAUCCAGCUGCUUUCUGAAGAUCGAACGACCUCCCCCUCUCACCGGAGGGGAGAAACAGAACAAGAGUCUAAACUGGGAAGUCAGACAGAGGGACUGCCAUGCUCGUGGGCCUUUAGAAAAUGUCUCUUUGUAAAGCAGAAGUAAAAGAUGCAGAAAGGGACCAAGGAGGUUUGGAGCUCAGCCUUGUGCUUUCCUGCCUGGAGGUUGCCAAGCAAGGCUGACGUCAUAGAAACUUAAACUCAACUGACACGGCAUUAUGCAACAGGAAGGGGACAUUCCUCGUUGCUGCAAUUGAAGGAGGGGGAAAGGGGAUAUUUAAUAUUUAUUAAUAAUAAUAAUAAUAAUAUCUAUGUAAUUUAAACUGACUUUUAUUUAUGUGUAAAACUGGGAGGUAGGAAGGGAAAUUGCUGCUCUUGUGCUGCACUAUGCAUUUGGAAAGAAUUCAUAUGUUUUAUGUACCUCUAGCGAGGUAGAAUUAACGCUACGGUUUUGUGGGUCAUAAAUCUCUGAUAGGAAGGCGGCUAGAUUUUAAGAAACCAAGAAUCUUUUUAUGAUUUGUACUUUGGCAAAGGAGCAAGGUUUUAGUGAAGAUUGAAUUAUGAUUGGAAUUUUGCAGUGUUGUGAUACUUCAAUAAAGGGGGGAAAGUUGUGUGACAAAAAAUAGAAAAACUGACAAGUAAAAAAAUUGUUAUUGAAGCUGAUGGACAGGACUUCUUAGCUUCGUAAUAACUGGCACAAUAAAAGUUAAGGAUGCUCCUUUUUAUUUAUUGUAAAAACAUCUGAUUUUUUUUUUGGGUUCCUGCUUUGUUAGCCAGAACAUUUUUUGUUACAGUGUUUGCUUGCUGUGUAACAAGGAGUGGUUUGCGAGGGUUGGUGCAUCCAUACUACUAGCAUUUCCAAAACUUUAGUAACUCACUUUUUGUGAACUGCACUUUACAUGUUAACACUAUUCCAGAUGAACUGGCUCAACUCUGUAUGUUCUGUGAACAAAUCAAUAAAAAAAAAUGGAUGUUUUAA